UACAAUCUCAACCAGCCAAAUCAGAAUUCUUUCCACUCCAACAAACAAAAAGGAGGGGUAAAAAGUCUCGCCCCUGAGAUCCAUCCAUCCACAAAGGGUCUUGUUUGUGGGGCUUCAUUGCGUCAGCUAUUAAAAACUCGCCCGCUUCCAGCCCCCCCAUCGCACAAGCACCUGCAAUGGCCGCUUCCGCCCCGUCCGCCACCUCUCAGAUGCGCCCAAGCCGCCGCCGCCCUUAUUAAAGACCGCCGCCGCCUCCCCCGUCCUACCCCGCUCCUACCUGCCUUGCUCGCCCGCACCCGCACCCGCACCGCGCACAUCUCGCGCGGGCUCACCCCCCCCCAGGCCCGGUCCCGGUCCUUGCCUGCACCGUCUCCUCGAACUUCGUGGCUGGUGGAUGCGCCGGCCCUCCCCCUUCCGCGAAUCCAGGUGAUUCGCAUCGCCGUCGCGCCGUCAGGAUCCAGUUCGUGAGCAAUGGCGGCGGUGGCGCCACCGCUGUGCACCUGGAUCGUCGCCGCCUGCUUGUCCGCGGCCUGCGGCGCAGACGAGAAGGAGAAGCAGCGCAACUAUGGCGGCGGCGGCGGCCUUUUUGGCUCGCGCCGCCGCCUCGGUGCUCGCCGUCGAGGUGGGGCGCGCUCUGGAGUCCCAAUUGCUGUUUCUUUGCAUCCUGAGAGAGGAGCUCUGGAAAACAAGAAGUCUGAUACCAAAAAACGGAGGGUGGUUGUCACUGGCAUGGGUGUAGUGACUCCAUUAGGCCAUGAGCCGGAUGAGUUCUACAACAACCUUCUACAGGGUAUCAGCGGAAUAAGUGAGAUAGAAGCAUUCGACUGCUCCAGCUAUCCCACGAGAAUUGCAGGAGAAAUUAAAUCAUUUUCUACAGAUGGUUGGGUUGCACCAAAGUUAGCUAAGAGAAUGGAUAAGUUCAUGCAAUAUUUGAUAGUUGCUGGUAAGAAAGCAUUGGAAAAUGGUGGCAUCACUGAAGAUAUUAUGAACGAGUUGGACAAAUCGAGAUGCGGGGUUCUAAUUGGAUCUGCUAUGGGUGGCAUGAAGGUUUUUAGUGAUGCAAUUGAAGCAUUGAGAGUCUCUUACAGGAAGAUGAACCCAUUUUGCGUACCUUUUGCAACUACAAACAUGGGUUCAGCAAUACUUGCGAUGGAUCUGGGCUGGAUGGGCCCAAACUACUCUAUCUCUACUGCUUGUGCCACUAGUAACUUCUGCAUUCUUAAUGCAGCCAAUCAUAUCAUAAGAGGGGAAACUGACUUGAUGCUGUGUGGUGGUUCUGAUGCACCAAUUAUCCCAAUUGGGUUGGGAGGUUUUGUGGCCUGUAGAGCUCUUUCACAAAGAAAUAGUGAUCCAACAAAAGCUUCUCGGCCUUGGGACGUGGACCGUGAUGGGUUUGUCAUGGGAGAAGGGGCUGGUGUGCUUCUUCUGGAAGAACUUGAGCAUGCAAAGCAAAGGGGUGCAGAAAUAUAUGCUGAAUUUCUGGGAGGAAGCUUUACGUGCGAUGCAUAUCAUAUGACAGAACCACAUCCUGAAGGGAAAGGGGUUAUUCUUUGUGUUGAAAACGCACUGGCUGAUGCAGGAGUAACAAAGGAGGAUAUUAACUAUGUAAAUGCCCAUGCUACAUCUACACAGAUGGGUGAUUUAAAGGAAUUUGAAGCUCUCGUCCGUUGUUUUGGCGAGAAUCCUCAGCUAAGAGUAAACUCAACAAAGUCAAUGACUGGCCACUUGCUAGGAGCUGCAGGCGGAAUAGAAGCUGUAGCUGCUAUCCAAGCUAUAAGGACAGGUUGGAUCCAUCCAAAUAUCAAUUUAGACAACCCGGAGAAAAAUAUGGAUGUCAGCUUACUGGUGGGAUCACAAAAGGAGAGAUGUGAUGUGAAGGUGGCGCUGUCAAAUUCAUUUGGAUUCGGCGGGCACAAUUCUUCAAUUCUAUUUGCACCCUUCAAGUGAUCACGAUUGAUGUGCUACCUUAUGGUAGGAUUGCAUCACGGGACUGGGACUUUGUCAACUGAACUCAACAACAUUUCUUGAGACACAAAUUUAAUAUGGGAAUCCAACCUUGAUAGAAUAUAUUGCCACAUAGCCAAGCAGACAUAGCAAUUGAGUUAUUUUGUAUUGCAAAAGGAAGAACAAAAAAAAUCCCAUGCAAGGGUGUCUAUUCAGAAGUUGAUCCAGAUGUUGCAGGUGCGCUUUGGUCCAUCCUAUUUUUGUACCAGAUGUUAUUGGAUUAUAUCGUAUAGGAACAUUACUGGGCCGGUGUGUUUACCGGACAAAUACAGCGCUUCCUUACAAAACUGCCUCGUUGCGCUCGUUUUGCCCAGGAGCUGCGAGUUUGUACUCCAUCGAUGUGCAAAUAACUGUAAUAAGCAGCUGCGAGUUGCUAUUUUGACUCCUAAUUCGGUGUACCUUGUUUUGCAUUAUGUU